AUGGAGGCCAACCCCGCGGGCGGCGGCGCCGGGGGCGGCGGGAGCAGCGGCCUGGGGGGCGAGGACGGGGUGCACUUCCAGAGCUACCCCUUCGACUUCCUGGAGUUCCUCAACCACCAGCGCUUCGAGCCCAUGGAGCUGUACGGCGAGCACGCCAAGGCGGUGGCCGCGCUGCCCUGCGCGCCCGGGCCCCCGCCGCCCGCGCCGCCGCCGCAGUACGACUACCCGCCCGCCGCCGCCUUCAAGCCCAAGGCGGAGGCGCCGGCCGCGGCCUCGGCGGCCUCGGCGGCCCCGGCCGCGUCGUCCUCCGCCGCGGCCAAGAAGCCCGACCCCCCGCUCGCGCCGGCCUUCGGGGCGCCGCCCCCGCCCCUGUUCGACGCCGCCUUCCCCGCGCCGCAGUGGGGCAUCGUGGACCUGUCGGGGCACCAGCACCUCUUCGGGAACCUCAAGCGCGGGGCGCCGGCGGCCGCGCCCGCGGGGGCGCCCGGGCUGGCCGCGCCCGCGGGGACCCCGGGGCCGCUGCCCGCGCCCUCGCAGACGCCCCCGGGCCCCGCGGCCCCCGCCGCCCCCGCGGCCUGCGACGCGGCCAAGGACGACAAGGGCUACUUCCGGCGGCUCAAGUACCUGAUGGAGCGGCGCUUCCCGUGCGGCGUGUGCCAGAAGUCCUUCAAGCAGUCCUCGCACCUGGUGCAGCACAUGCUCGUGCACUCGGGCGAGCGGCCCUACGAGUGCGGCGUGUGCGGCCGCACCUACAACCACGUGUCCAGCCUCAUCCGCCACCGCCGCUGCCACAAGGACGCGCCGCCCGCCCCGCCCGGCCCCGGCCCCCGCCCCCGCCCCGGCGCGCCGCUGCCCGCGCUGGGCCCGCCCGCCGCCCCCGCCGCCGCCGGGCCCGCGGCCGCGCCCGCCGCCCCCGCCCCCGCCCCCGACGGCCACGCCGCCCCGGCCCCCGCCGCGCCCGCCGCCGGGGUGGGGGCGCCGCGGCGCGGGGGCGGCGAGGGCCCGUUCGCCUGCCCGCUGUGCUGGAAGGUGUUCAAGAAGCCGAGCCACCUGCACCAGCACCAGAUCAUCCACACGGGCGAGAAGCCCUACGCCUGCUCCGUGUGCAGCAAGAGCUUCAACCGGCGCGAGAGCCUCACGCGCCACGUGAAGACGCACUCGGCCGGCCUGCUGCGCCUGCCCUGCGGCGUGUGCGGCAAGGCCUUCCGCGACGCCGCCUACCUGCUCAAGCACCAGGCGGCGCACGCGGGCGCGCCCGGCCCGCGGCCCGCCUACCCCUGCGAGCUGUGCGGCAAGUCCUACUCGGCGCCGCAGAGCCUGCUGCGCCACAAGGCCGCGCACGCCGCCCCCGCCGAGGCGCCCAAGGACGCGCCGGGCCCCGCCGCGCCGCCGCCCGCCUUCCCCGCGGGCCCCUACCUGCUGCCGCCCGACGGCGCGGCCGGCGACAGCGAGAAGGCCGCGGCGGCCGCGGCGGCGGUGGUGUACGGCGCGGUGCCCGUGCCGCUGCUGGGCGCGCACCCGCUGCUGCUCGGCGGCGCGGGCGCGGGCGGCGCGGGCGCGGGCGGCGCGGGGGGCGCGGGCAAGACGUUCUGCUGCGGCAUCUGCGGCCGCGGCUUCGGCCGCCGCGAGACCCUGAAGCGCCACGAGCGCAUCCACACGGGCGAGAAGCCGCACCAGUGCCCGGUGUGCGGGAAGCGCUUCCGCGAGUCCUUCCACCUGAGCAAGCACCACGUGGUGCACACGCGCGAGCGGCCCUACAAGUGCGAGCUGUGCGGCAAGGUCUUCGGCUACCCGCAGAGCCUCACGCGCCACCGCCAGGUGCACCGGCUGCAGCUGCCCUGCGCGCUGGCCGGCGCCGCGGGCCUGCCGGGCCCCCAGGGCGCGCCGGGCGCGGGCGGGCCGGGCGCGGGCGCGGGCGCGGCGGGCGCGGCCGAGGGCCUGAGCUACGCCUGCUCCGACUGCGGCGAGCACUUCCCCGACCUCUUCCACGUCAUGAGCCACAAGGAGGCGCACAUGGCCGAGAAGCCCUACGGCUGCGACGCGUGCGGCAAGACCUUCGGCUUCAUCGAGAACCUCAUGUGGCACAAGCUGGUGCACCAGGCCGCCCCGGAGCGCCUGCUGCCGCCCGCCGCGGGCAGCGCCCCGCCCGCCGAGGGCUCGGGCGGCGCCGACGCGGCGGGCGCGCUGGACCACGGGCUGGCGGGCGAGGUGGGGGCGGCCGUGGCGGCGCUGGCGGGCGUGGCCGGCGGGGAGGACGCGGGCGGGGCGGCGGGCGCGGGCGGCGGCGCGGCCGCCGCGGGCGCCGAGCGCUUCAGCUGCGCCACGUGCGGCCAGAGCUUCAAGCACUUCCUGGGGCUGGUGACGCACAAGUACGUGCACCUGGUGCGGCGGACCCUGGGCUGCGGCCUCUGCGGCCAGAGCUUCGCGGGCGCCUACGACCUGCUCCUGCACCGCCGCAGCCACCGGCAGAAGCGCGGCUUCCGCUGCCCCGUGUGCGGCAAGCGCUUCUGGGAGGCGGCGCUGCUGAUGCGCCACCAGCGCUGCCACACGGAGCAGCGGCCCUACCGCUGCGGCGUGUGCGGCCGCGGCUUCCUGCGCUCCUGGUACCUGCGGCAGCACCGCGUGGUGCACACCGGCGAGCGCGCCUUCAAGUGCGGCGUGUGCGCCAAGCGCUUCGCGCAGUCGUCCAGCCUGGCGGAGCACCGGCGGCUGCACGCCGUGGCCCGGCCCCAGCGCUGCGGCGCCUGCGGCAAGACCUUCCGCUACCGCUCCAACCUGCUGGAGCACCAGCGCCUGCACCUGGGCGAGCGCGCCUACCGCUGCGAGCACUGCGGCAAGGGCUUCUUCUACCUGAGCUCCGUGCUGCGCCACCAGCGCGCCCACGAGCCGCCGCGGCCCGAGCUCCGCUGCCCCGCCUGCCUCAAGGCCUUCAAGGACCCCGGCUACUUCCGCAAGCACCUGGCGGCGCACCAGGGCGGCCGGCCCUUCCGCUGCUCCUCCUGCGGGGAAGGCUUCGCCAACACCUACGGCCUCAAGAAGCACCGCCUGGCCCACAAGGCCGAGGGCCUCGGCGCGCCCGGGGCCGGGGUGGGCGGCCUGGCCGGGAAGGACGCCUGA